GUAUGCAUAGGGGAGCGGGGUGAGAUGGGAGAGAGAGACACACAUGUUUAUAUUCUAGUUCCCCUCCUUGAUAUCCGUCCCGUCCUGAUUAAACUUAGCCCAAUCCGAAGUAUUGCGAGUGUAUGAGUGCUCACUACUAAUGAACAAAGGGCAGUAUUCUGCUUCUCUACGCUGACGGGGUCGAUGAGUGUAUCCAGGAUGAGUGAGACGGAAAGGUCUACAGCCCCCUGAGACAGCAAACCCCCCUGUACAUCAGACCUGGGUGCACAGCAUGGCAUACACUGCCCAUGGGAACCUCAGACCUAGAAACUACAACGUUAAGAGUGAAUCCGUCCUCAGAGUUUGCUUGGAUACUCCCGCAGAGGUUCAUCCCAGGGUGUCCAGAGCUGAUAGCAGACGAUUCAAUCAUCCAAACCUCAGCAACAGUAGUAGCAGUAGCAGUAGCAGCUCAGAUAAGCAGCUUGUCAACCUUGUCUACGAGAAUGAGAAGAAGCUGCAAAGUAAUCAGUUCUCCAAUCUAAGCAGGCAUAAGAGCCUGAGUCGGAGAUUUUCAAUGAUAGAUCCUUCCGACAGCUUUCAGACCAGUAUUCUUCAGUUAAAUAAUAUUAACAAAUAUAAGAGCAAUUAUAAUUCUAAUUCCAUUAUGCAAACAUCACGAUUAUCCGUCUUCCUAAACCAGAACAAGGAGCAGAACCCAACAUACUCCAAGCCUCUGGGACCUAACAACUCAUUUUCCAACAGUUUCUCUCGAGAGAGUCCUAAUAUAAAGCGGACUAGGAAUGAUGAUGAAUAUUACGGCGGGUUCGGACGAUCUUCUUCAGGAAGAAGAUCCUCUCGGUCUGCUAUUCCAGGUUAUCAGCAGGAGACCCUGACAAGCGUCCGUCGGAGCAAAGAGCGGAGUCAAACCCAAACAGAUUCUCCUUCUAGGCUGAGAAGAACUCCAAGUAGUAGAGGGAGACCGGCAGUACCAUCUCCGAGGACCACUAAACCUUCCAAACAAAACCCAGGACACAAGGACGGCUGUCCUCAGCAGAGAAUAUCUAGGACUCCGAGCUAUAAAUCUGACAAUGGUCGAAGAGAUAGUUCUGCCUACAACUAUAAUCUCUCUAGAAACGGCUCCGUGAGAACCCAAAUGGCGUAUAAGGGGGAUCAAGGAGCCCUCCUCAGAUCGUUUAGCCUGAGAAAGAAGGGUCCAGAGGAAUAUCUUCACACAAGCUCUAUGCCAUGCCUUGCCAACUCUGAUAAAUCAGGGUUCCCCUCCAACAGAGACAAGAACUCAAACUUCUUUUCCUCUAUUGGUCGAGCUACCGGAGACGAAUUGAGGAUGAAAACUGGAUCUAGUGGUACACCGUCUUCCCCCAGCCUAGUACUCAACUCGUUGGCUUAUCAAAUUCUUCCAGAAUCAAACAAUGGUCGGAGUAGGAACCGGGAGAAGAUCACAGAAUGGCCACAUCCUCCUUUAGCUCCGAGUGGAUCCUACGGUAGCACCGGAUCCGCGUCCUAUAGUUCAUCUCACAGCUCAGCAUCAAGCUCUCUAUCUCUGCACAGUCCUCCUAGCCCAGUUCCUGCUAGAAGACGACCUCUCACAGACAACACAGACGGUCAUCUAGCAUAUCUUCCUGGAGAUUGGGUUAGCGAGAGAUAUGAGAUAACCUCAACCCUGGGAGAAGGAACCUUUGGUAAAGUAGUGAAAGUGAAAGAUCAUGAUAAUAAUAGUUAUGUUGCAAUGAAGAUUAUAAAAAAUAUUCACAAAUACCGCGAGGCCGCUAAGCUCGAGGUUAAUGUUCUUCUUAAACUGAACAGUAAGGAUCCGUCCGGAAAACAUCUUUGUGUAAAAAUGUUUGAUUCCUUCAACUACUUCGGGCACAUGUGCCUCACCUUCGAGAUACUGGGAGAGUCUGUGUUUGACUUCCUCAAGAGUAAUGGAUACGUUGGAUAUCCCUUGGAGCAGGUUCGGCAUAUAUCCUACCAGCUCAUAUAUGCAGUCAAGUUUCUGCACGAGAACCAUCUCACCCAUACAGAUCUUAAACCGGAGAACGUUCUGUUCCUCAGCUCCGACUGGUACACAGAGGUAUGUCCCGCAACCAAACGUGCAAUCCGGAGAAUGCGCGACACUAGGGUCAAGCUCAUCGACUUCGGUUCCGCCACCUUCGACUGGGAGCACCACAGCAGUGUUGUAUCCACCAGGCACUAUAGACCUCCGGAGGUUAUCCUGGAGUUAGGUUGGAGCCAACCCUGUGAUGUUUGGAGCAUAGGAUGCAUUAUAUUUGAGCUUUAUCAGGGGCACACUCUCUUCCAGACUCAUGAUAACUUAGAGCACUUGGCGAUGAUGACACGAAUCCUCGGAGAGUUUCCGUCCCACAUCAUCAGAAAGACCAAAACAUCUUUCUUCCAGCACGGUAGGUUGUCCUGGGACUGGAGCCUACCCUCAGCUAAGUACGCGUCCCAGCACUGCCGCCCCCUGCAUCAGUACCGGAGAUGCGGACCCGCCACUCUACAGGGACAGGAGGAGAGCAUCAAGCUCGACCUGGUCUCCAGGAUGCUGGAAUACGAUCCCAGCGCGAGGAUAACCCUAACGGAGUGUCUUAAACAUCCGUUCUUCGACAGGUUAUCCUCAAACAGUCGACUAGAGGAUAUGUCGAAACAUAUUCUUCGACUUCAGAUCUAGUCAGACAAAUAGAAUAUACAACAAAAAUACUCCGUAGAACCCUUGUGGAGCUAAGCAGACAAUGUUAAUCUUAAAGAAAAAAAUCAUCAUUGACGCAGGAGAAAGAAACCUGACGAUCCUCUUCUCACCGGAGGAGAUUUAUCCAACCCGUCCUGAGAUUCUUCCAACCCGUCCUGAGAUUCUUCCAACCCGUCCUGAGAUUCUUCCAACCCGUCCUGAGAUUCUUCCAACCCGUCCUGAGAUUUAUCCAACCUGUCCUGAGAUUCUUCCAACCCGUCCUGAGAAUAUUACUCCCCCCCCCCCACUCUACCCAACUUGUGAAUGAUACUGUGUGAUUGUUUCUGUUCUAGUCAAAACUAUAAUUUAUCUAACAAAUUUAAUCAAAUCUACUUUUUUAACUUUUCUAAGCGUAAACCUGGAUGUAUGCUUGAACUAUAUCAGGAAGCCGAGGGGAGAUUUUCUUUGCCCUGGGACGUCAUUCACUCAUCAUAUAUAUAUGUCAAUAUCAUACAAUAUUUAGCAAUAAACUUUAGUAUAAUUAUAAAAAUAAUUAUAAACAUA